AUGGCAAAAUAUAAACCUGUUCGGUCCGGUUUUACCAGUUACUCCUUGUACAAGUUACCUCAGAUCGUUCCUUUUCUCAUCGUCCUCGUCGUAGCUGCCACUGCCGAUGAUUCAGAUUUUCGGUCAUCCAACAGCUGGAGAUCCCACCCCUCCAAGAAGCUCACCAAACCGGUGGUUCUACUAAUUUCCAGCGACGGUUUCCGGUUUGGUUACCAAUUCAAGACGGAGACACCAAACAUUGAUCUGCUCAUUGCAAGAGGAACCGAAGCUCAGACCGGUUUAAUCCCAGUUUUCCCCACCAUGACGUUCCCAAACCAUUACUCUAUCGCAACCGGACUAUACCCGGCUUACCACGGUAUAAUCAUGAACAAAUUUACAGAUCCGAUAACCGGGGAAUUCUUCAACAGGAACCUCGACCCAAAAUGGUGGUUAGGUGAACCGUUGUGGGAAACCGCAGUGAACCAAGGGCUUAAGGCUGCGACCGUCUUCUGGCCAGGCUCUGACGUCCUUAAAGGCUCUUGGACCUGCCCAAAAGGAUUCUGUAAAACACCUUACAAUGUUUCGGUUCCUCUCGAAGAAAGAGUCGAUACGAUCUUGAGCUAUUUUGAUCUUCCCAAGAGCGAGAUUCCGGAUUUCAUGACGCUGUAUUUCGAUGAGCCGGACUUACAGGGCCAUCAAUAUGGCCCCGAUGAUCCUCGGAUCACACAAGCGGUUGCAAAGGUCGAUAAAAUGAUGGGUAGGGUCAUCAAGGGAUUGAAGAAGAGGAACGUCUUUGGUGAUGUUCAUGUGAUAUUGCUUGGUGAUCACGGUAUGGUUACUAACUGUGACAAGAAAGUGAUUUACAUCGAUGAUUUAGCGGACUGGAUCAAGGUACCCGCAGAUUGGAUCCAGGCUUAUUUCCCGGUGCUAGCGAUGAAUCCGCGAUGGGGCAAAGAUGUCAAGAAUCCAGGUGAGAAGAACGCAGAACUCGUAGCGAAGAUGAACGAGGCUUUGAGCUCAGGGAAAGUAGAGAAUGGAGAGUUUUUGCAAGUUUACUUGAAGGAGAAGUUACCAAAAAGGUUACACUACUCCGAGAGUUCCCGGAUUCCGCCGAUAAUAGGAAUGGUCGGAGAAGGGCUAAUGGUUAAACAGAAUAGAACCAACGCUCAAGAAUGUUUCGGAAAUCAUGGAUACGACAACAUGUUCUUCUCCAUGAGAUCUAUCUUUAUAGGACAUGGUCCUAGGUUUAGGAGAGGAAAGAAAGUGCCGUCGUUCGAGAAUGUUCAGAUCUACAAUGUCGUUGCAGAGAUUCUCGGGCUCCGACCAGCUCCGAACAAUGGUUCUUCUUUGUUCACUAGGAGUAUUCUCUUGCCCUUUGGAGAAACAUGGGAAGUAGAAUGA